AUAAAUAUCAAUUAAUUUCUCAAAUACCAAAGUCAAAGCAGAAUAAAGUAUAUCUGGGUCAACAUAUACUUACCUCAGAUAAGGUGGUAGUUAAAUUUUAUAAAUCUCGUUCAAGAUGGGAAAAUGAAACCCAUUUUUUGAAAGCUCUUACGUCGAAAUCAACCGUAAAGUUGGAGGAAAUAACUGUGAAUCCGGCCGAAGAACAAAAUUAUUUCAUAAUCACGAGGUAUUUCGGAAAAUCUUUAGAUGAAAUCGUAGAGAAUAUUCGUGAUAAUAAAACACAUAUAAAAAGUGUACUUUUGGGUACUUGUAAAGCUGUAGAGUGGUGUCAUAGUAAAGGUGUAGUGCACAUGGAUUUAAAUCCUUCUAAUAUUAUAUGCAAGGAUCAAAAGAUUCACAAAAUAGUGUUAUGUGACUUUGAGCAUUCAAAAAAUGCUGGUGAUAAUAUUUGCUCGGACAAAUAUAAUCAGCCAUUACAAUUAGGGUUUACAUCACCAGAACUACUCUUUCUUCAUCAAGUCGUAUCAUCAUCAGCGUCACAAUCAUCAUACUCACCUUCUUCAUACUCCUCUACUACUUCUUCCACGUAUUAUACUAGUAAAUCUCACCCAGAAACUUUAUUAGUAAAACAAAGUAUAGAUAUCUUUAGUCUGGGUUGUAUAUUUUAUUUUUUGAAUAAAACCCAUUUAUUGUAUAAUUCCCAAAAAGAAUUAGAACAAUUAAACCUAACUAAAGUUUGCGAAGAUAUUGAAGAUGAGCAGGUCUCUAUUUUAGUUAAGUGUAUGGUAGCUGAAAACGGUAGUAAAAGACCCAAUAUUACACAAAUAUUAGAAAAUCCAUACCUUAAGAAUUAAUGUAUUUUUUGUACUGUACAUUUAUUUAUUUAUUUAUUU